AUGGUAGAGGACGAUAGUGCACCCGCUAUGGAGUUGACGUUUGCACAUGAGACAAGGUUGCGCAAGCUGCCGCUCCCUGGGCUGAGGUCUACAGCUUCAUUGUUGACUGCAGCGCUGGAGCCAUUUCAUAGUGGUGGCACACAUGAUGGUGGUGGCGCGGACGUCGAGUUGGCAAGCUACCUGGGUUCUCUAGCAGACUCGAGCGGAGCGCUGAAGCUGCAAGCGAAGUUGGAGGAAUUCGACAAGCACAGCGCGUGCUAUCUGGACCGGCUGCAUCUCAAUAUCCACAACCAUGUUGCCGGCAAGGAAAUAUCGCAGGAUAUCCUGCCACGAAAUCCGUUCCUAGUACUGGCGGAAGAUGCAGAGAUCGAUAUCAGCCAGGAGGAUCGUGCCGGCGUUCUUUGCUACUCCGCCCUGCGCUUUGUGUCGGCAGUGCGGCGGCAGCAGCUACCUCCUGACCACAGCCGUGGCCAGGCCUUGUCUAUGAAGCCGUAUCUGAACCUCUUUGGCACAACGAGGUGUCCCAUUUUCGAACCAGGUGAGGUGGAGUCAUUCGAUUUGAAUAAGCCUUACUCCGAGAGUGAUGUAGAGGCAGAGACCCGAAGCGAUCUGAUGGAGCCUGCGACUAAAGUUACAUCUCCAGAUGACAGACCACGGUCAGAGGGCAGCGACGAGCCGUUCAACCACCAUGGUAUCAGCAUGAAACAGUACCCCGCGUCAAAGCACAUUUUGAUACUUUCCAAGGGGCAGUAUUAUACGCUGGAUGUUCUGGAUGACGAUCAUAGGAUUCUCUAUACGGACAAGGAUAUGGCAAAAGUGUUUGCAUCGGUCUUGGAAGACUCCCGGAAGUCGUAUAGUGUGGACAGAUCCACUGCACUAGGCAGUCUUACCUCUUAUUCUUUUAGGAACUGGAAGUAUGCCCGUAAGCGCCUUCAGAAGCGGUUUCCUGUUGAAUUAGAAAUGAUAGAUUCCGCGUUGUUUGUCAUAGUAAUGGAUGAAUCUGAUCGCUCGGACGAAGACCAAUCUUACGCCAAGCGGCUAUUUUACGGUACGAGCGUAAUUGAUGAGGUGACUGGUCUCCAAGUUGGUUCUUGUACAACCCGGUGGUACGAUAAGUUGCAGCUUGUUGUUACUGCUGAUGCAAAGGCUUGUAUUAUUUGGGAUUCUUUUACCUGCGAGGGGUCUGCUGUGUUGCGUUUUACCUCUGAGGUAUAUGCUGAAUCCGUGAUGCGCUUGGCUAGAGAUGUCAAUGAGAAUUCGUCUGCAUUUUCUUUAUGGCCAUCGAUUGAGACACGGCGUAUAUUGGAUGUGGGAGACAAUGCGGACAAGUUUUUAAGGAAAAUUGAGUGGUCUUUCCUCAAUGAGAUGAAUACCCACAUUCAUCUCUCGGAAACCAAACUAUCGGAUAUUAUCUCGAAGCAUGAUAUUAUAAAUUACACGCUCCCGUUUGGCCGUCACAUUGCGCGCCGGCUCAAUAUUCGUCCUGAUUCGAUGAUACAGGUUGGCCUACAAAUUGCACAUUACGCACUUUAUGGGAAAAUUAUAUUUGCCCUGGAACCUGUUUCUGUUCGAUCUUUCCAAAAUUCUAUGUCAGCCUUCAUACCGAUCCAGAGUACGAAGCUUGCAGAGCUCUGUCGACAGUUCAUUUCGAAUUCUUUGGAUACAUCGCUAAAAUACAUGCAGUUCAUCGAAGCUUGCCGUGCCCACAGUGAGCUCAUUGAACAGGCUAAACAGGGACACGCCGCCGAGAAACACUUUAAUGCAUUGCGGCACCUUUUCAAGUUCCGGCGUCAUUUUGGUAUCGAUUUAGACGUAGAUGAAAUUGAACAGUUGUCUGGUCUUUUCGAUAGCCCACAACUGGUGCCUUUCUUUACUCCCGAGAUGAUUGCUUCAAAUUGCGGAAACGCAGCCAUGACAAUGUUCGGAGUUACACCUGCAAUGAGACAAGGAUUCGGAAUUGGGUACAUCCUGAAAAAUGAACAAUGCGACCUGACGGUAAUUUCGCAGUACCGGCAGGGCAAACGUUUAAUGUUCAUGCUUGAAUGGGUUCUCACAGAGAUAUGCGAGUAUUGGAAGUCAACGCGGAAGCAUAGUGAGGACAUUAAAAUUAGUCCGACGGUAGAUUUGCUUUACGGAAUUGAUAACGCCCUAAAAUCAGAGAAAGUGGAGCGGUCAGAAAGAAGACCUUCUGCUUUUUAUAAUGGAGGGUACGGUCUUUUUGAUUUGAAGGGGCAUGUUGAAUCAAGGAGCAGCGUGUGCUCCACCCCUGUCUCACGCUCUGGUUCUCACCUGAAACUGACCGAACUGAUCACGUCUCUGUCUUUUAACAAUGUCAACGCUUUGACCACGGAGGAAGACAAACAAGUUACUGGCUAUGAAAUUGCAAAAAUAGAUCAGCCAAAGUCCAGUUCCCCAGAUACAGACGAACUAGCGACCGAUGAUAAGCCAAGUAGAAAGAGCAACGUUAUCAAUUCUAAAUUUGUCAUUAAUUUUGACAGAUCCAGCGUAGGCCGCAAGGUGAACACAUCUGAUUGA